CGGCAAGGGACAUAAAAGAGGACAUAGAUCCUCUUUCGCGUCGGGCGUUGCCAGUGAAAAUUCUGUUUGGUUUGCAGAAGCAAAGCUCGAUACACGAAAGCAACAGCAUCAUGUCCAAAGACGACAUACAGAUGGCGCCUGCCGCCAUUGAGCCGGCAAACCUACCAGCAGAGGUGGGCGACUUGAAGGAUCUGAGUGCGGAAGAUCGCAAGCUUGCAGAGCUGGGUUAUGUGCCGGUUUUUAGGCGGGAGUUCUCUACGUGGUCCUGCUUCUCCUUCGCAGUGUCUGCAUCAGGUCUCUUCUCAAGUGUCUCGGCGACGCUUUCCUACCCACUGUACGCUGGAGGCGCAGCCUCAGCUGUCUGGUGUUGGUUCAUUUCUGGAAUGGGUUGCAUGGCCAUCGCCCUUUCUGUGUCAGAAAUAGUAUCGGCAUACCCAACUUCUGGGGGCAUGUACUUCACAUGCAAGUAUUUAGCACCCAAAAGAUGGGUUGCAGAGAUUGGAUGGCUCUGCGGCUGGCUGAAUGUCCUUGGUCAAGCCACGGGAGUCGCGUCUGGCGGAUAUGCUGCUGCUCAAUUGAUGCUGGCCGCAGUCAGCAUGGGUACCGACCUAACCUACACACCUACUCCAGGCCACACCGUCGGCGUGAUGGCUGCCCUCUUUAUCGUGGGUGGCUUGGUCAACAGUCUAUCCACCAGGCUUAUGGAAAAACUGACUCGAAGCUAUGUCGUUUUCCACAUCUGUGUGCUUGUCGCUGCUAUUGUUGCAUUGCUUGUAAAGCAGGACAACAAGCAUACCGCCUCUUAUGUGUUCACCAACGUCGAGUCCGAGUCUGGGUGGACACCAGUUGGCUUCUCCUUCCUCUUCGGCUUUCUUUCGGUUUCCUGGACCAUGACCGAUUACGAUGCCACCGCGCAUAUUGCCGAAGAGAUCAAGGAGCCGGAGAAGAAAUGUCCAUGGGCCAUCUCAACAGCGCUACUUUUCACCUACCUAGGCGGCUGGAUAUUCACCAUUGUUCUCGUUAUAUGUAUGGGUGACCCAGAGACCAUUCUGAGCUCCCCUAUCGGUCAGCCUGUCGCUCAGAUCUUCUUCAACGUGCUCGGCAAAAGUGGCGGCCUGUUCUUUACGGUGGCAGCAUUCCUGGUCAUCAACUUCGGUCAGAUCGUUGCCAUUCAGGCCACGUCCAGAACGAUAUUUGCUCUUUCGAGAGACGAGAUGUUGCCUCUUUCACGGGUGUGGUUGAAGAUCAACAAGCAUACCGGGACUCCUCUGAAUGCAGUCUGGGUUCUCAUCGUCUUCUGCAUAUUGCUGGACCUGAUCGCUCUCGGGUCAUACACAACAGUUGCGGCUAUUUUCAGUGUUUGUGCAAUCGCGCUCGAUUGGUCUUAUUGCAUCCCGAUCUUGUGCAAGCUGCUGUUUGGCAAGUUUGAACGAGGACCAUGGCAUCUUGGGAAAGCCAGCUUUUGGCUCAACAUUUAUGCUUGCGUAUGGACUUUGUUUGUCAGCAUCAUCUUCAUCCUUCCAGAGUUCAGGCCCGUCACCGCAGAAAACAUGAAUUACGCGUCGGUAAUCCUCGCAGGAAUCGGUCUCUUUGCCACGGUAUACUGGUAUUCAGGGGCUCGAAGGUUUUAUCACGGGCCUAAAAGUCAGACGUACAUUGAACCCCCAAGACAACUUCACGCCUAGAUUCCCGGGGUAUACCAGGAAGACUGAUGGGGCAAUCAGGUACACAAAGAGGUAGAGUAUGAUGAGGAGCUCUCACGCGCGACCCGUAUCCAUGAUGUCCCGACAAUGUGA